AUGCUCGGUUUCAGAAGUUUAUCAAGUUCAAGGCUGGUUUUAGCGCAUCCCAGGCUCGUGCUGCGCCGUUUGCGCAGCACCGCUCCGCUGGGAGCGCGCAAGACACUCCAGGACAUCAACGAGUGCGUGCUCAACGCCAAAUACGCCGUACGUGGGCCAAUCCCGCUUCGUGCAGAAGAACUCAAACAGCAGCUCGUCGAAGAACCGGGCUCGCUUCCUUUUUCCAAGAUCAUCAACGCCAACAUCGGCAAUCCGCAACAAUUGGACCAGAAGCCCUUGACCUUCUACCGUCAGGUGCUGUCGUUGCUGCAAAACCCAGCGCUCAUGAGCGAAAACCACGAACAGCUGCUCACUACUGCGAAAUACCAGCCGGACGCCGUCGCCCGCGCCAAACGCAUGCUACAACAGGCCGGUGGCUCCGUCGGCGCCUACUCACAAUCCCAGGGCGUUGCCGGCUACCGGGAGUCUGUUGCCAAAUUCAUCGCCAACCGUGACGGCGAACCAGCCGACGCUAACGAUAUUUUCCUCACGACAGGCGCCUCUGGCGCCGUCGCUUAUAUCCUACAACUGUUCUGUUCGGGCCCACAAAAUGGUGCUUUGAUACCCAUCCCACAAUACCCACUUUACACUGCUACGCUCGCUUUGAAUAAUGCCGAACCAUUGCCAUAUUAUCUCGACGAGAACUCUGGCUGGUCCACAGACCCAGAACAAUUCGAAAAAGUCAUCGCCACUGCUGUUGAAAAGGGCGUUAAGCCCACCUGUCUCGUGGUCAUAAAUCCAGGCAAUCCCACUGGUGCUAUUUUAUCUGAGGAAAAUAUCGAAGGCAUCUUUCAAGUUGCUGCGAAGUACAGUUUGGUAGUAAUUGCUGAUGAGGUGUAUCAGGAAAAUGGAUUUGACGAUGUCGAGUUCACGUCCAUGAAAAAAGUUUUAAGAGUUUUACAAAAGACCCAACCCGGUAUUUACGAUAACGUUCAAUUGGUUUCGCUACAUUCCACUUCCAAAGGUGUUUCUGGCGAAUGCGGUCAAAGAGGUGGCUACAUGGAACUAGUUGGGUUUUCCACCGAGGUUAAACAAGUUAUUCUAAAAUUAGCCUCCAUAUCGUUGUGUCCCGUGGUGACUGGACAAGCAUUGGUAGACUUGAUGGUAUGUCCACCUCAAAAGGGAGAAGUUUCGUAUGAAAAAGAUCAACAAGAACGUAAAGCCAUCCAUCAAGCCCUUAAGGAGAGAUCAAAUCUACUUUACCGUGCGUUCCAAAGCUUGGAGGGUGUUUCUUGUCAAAAACCACAAGGGUCAAUGUACCUAUUUCCCAAAUUGGAAUUUACCAAAAGAGCCAUCGAUAAAGCGGAAGCUCUUGGUGUGGCCCCAGAUGAAUACUACUGCAAAGAAUUAUUGGAGGCUACGGGUAUUUGCACCGUCCCAGGUUCCGGGUUCCGUCAAAUACCUGGCACAUACCAUUUAAGAACUACUUUCUUGGCACCAGGUACUGACUGGAUUGAGUCCUGGAAAAAGUUCCACGAAAAGUUUUGGGAUCAACAUCGGGAUUGA